AUGGCUAUGGAGCGCACUCGCGCCGCAAAGGCUGAGAAUGUCAUCCUCGCUCGCCGUGGAGAGCAGACCCAGGGCACAUUGCACCUCACUCCCCACCACCUGAUCUUCCAAUAUAGUCCACCAACCACUUCACCGGCAGCUGCCGCCUUUUCACAACAACAGCCGUCGACCGACCAACGCGCCGGCUCCACACCCAGCGCCCGACCCCGCGAGCUUUGGAUCGGCUACCCUAUCAUUCACACCUGCGUCUUCCGCCCGUCCCCAACCGCCUCUCGCCAACCCUCAUCUAUCCGGCUGCGAGGCCGCGACUUCUCCUUCGUCUGCUUUUAUAUCUCCGACGAGCGCAGAGCGCGGGACGUCUAUGACAGUAUCAGAUCUUGGACUUGCAAAAUUGGCCGACUUGAUAAGCUUUACGCCUUCUCUUACACCCCCGCCUUCCCGCCCGAGCGCGAGUUCGCAGCACAGCCUGGUGGAGGUGGCUGGUCAGUCUACGAACCCAUGAGGGAAUGGCGCCGGCAGGGAGUUGAAGGAAACAAAAAUUGGAGGGUCAGCAAGAUCAACAGAGAUUAUGCAUUCAGCGAGACGUACCCAGCAACAUUCGUGGUCCCCAGUGCAAUCAGCGACAAUACACUCAACUACGCGGGAAGGUAUCGAAGCCGGGCGCGGAUACCAGCUCUUACGUACCUGCAUCCGGUAAACAACUGCACGAUCUCACGAAGUAGCCAGCCGAUGGUUGGGGUUAGGGGUAAUCGCAGCAUCCAGGAUGAAAAAUUGCUGGCUGCUAUCUUCAACACCACUAGGGCGGAGCGGCCCUUGAGUGGUAUCACAAGUAUCGUGGCAGGCGGAGCACCUGCAGCCCUUGCUACGCCACCACCCGAGAAGGAAGAGCCAACCAAAGAUGGCACAGCGUCGCCGGCUCUGCCACUCUCCCUAGAAGGUGAAAUCUCUAACCCGGAGGCUUUAGAGGAUGCAGUCAUCGCCAAGUUGAGAGAAGAGGGAGGAUUGGAGAGGGAUGAGGAGGAGAACGACGAAAAGAAGCCGAAAAUCUAUGGUGCUCAGCAACGAAACAUGAUCAUUGACGCCCGGCCAACGAUCAAUGCUGCGGCAAUGAAGAUGGUUGGCAUGGGCUCGGAGAAUAUGGAAAACUACAGCUUCGCAACCAAAGCUUACCUAGGCAUCGACAACAUUCAUGUCAUGCGUGAUAGCCUGCAAAAGGUAGUGGAUGCGUUGAAGGAUUCGGAUCUGACCCCGCUGGGACCGAACAAAGAAGCGCUCAACAACAGCAAGUGGCUCAAGCACAUUGCGAACAUGAUGGACGGAGUAGGACUAAUCGUCCGUCAAGUGGGACUUCAGCAUUCGCAUGUGCUGAUCCAUUGCUCUGAUGGCUGGGAUCGAACGAGUCAGCUCAGCGCCUUGAGCCAGGUUUGUCUCGACCCUUACUACCGAACUCUUGAGGGCUUCAUCAUUCUUGUCGAAAAAGACUGGGUCUCCUUUGGCCACCGCUUCCGCUACCGCAGCGGACCGCUGAACUCUGAGAAGUGGUUCCAAGUCGAAAAUGAGCGAGUCGGCGGACGCGUUGAAGAAGAUCGUGAUGACGGAACUCAGAGAGAUGCAGGUGUCAGGGCAGCGGAAGCAUUGCACGGCGCGCAGAAGUCGCUGGGCAAUGCCCUUCUAAGCGCCAAAGGCUGGUUCAAGCAGAAUAACGACAGCCGUGAGAGUCUAAACGUCGACAGCGAGACGGAAGCUGGAGCCGACACUGAGGCGAUAAGAAAGAUUUCCAGCAGCGGCGGUGGUAAGGUCGAUAAGCACGCCACAAAGCCCAACGAGGUGUCACCCAUCUUUCAUCAAUUCCUGGACGCCACAUACCAGCUCAUGUACCAAUACCCAGCCCGGUUUGAGUUCAACGAGCGAUUCUUGCGGCGGCUGCUCUAUCAUCUCUACUCCUCUCAAUACGGUACCUUCCUCUACGACAAUGAGAAAGAACGUGUUGAUGCGAAGAUUGGCCAGAAGACUAAGAGUGUUUGGGAUUACUUUCUUUCGCGGAAGAAGGAGUUCACGAAUCCAGAAUAUGACCCCACUAUCGACGAUAAUGUGAGGGGCAAGGAGCGCCUUAUCUUCCCUCGUACGGAAGAAGUCAGAUGGUGGCACGGCCUCUUCGGACGUACAGAUGAGGAGAUGAACGGCGGCCUUAGACAAGCCAAGGUCAAUGGCGAGAGUGAUCGGGAGAGCGAGAUGAGCAGCUAUGGUAUGCAGAGCCAGGUCAGCGCGAGUGUACCAGCUAGUCGUGCGAGGACUCCGGUGUUGACAGGUGUUGAGACCGCAGAGGCUGCAGUCGGUGUUGCGGUACCGCCAAAGGAGGUUUCGGAGGUCAAGCUAGACGCAGAGGCAGAGCAGUCAGCGCCCAAGGUCGCAGAGGCGAUGGCCGAGCAGUUGCAUGCGCCAGUGUCAGUAUCUCCGCAGGAGACUACCGAGGCUCAAGUGUCUUCUGGGGCGGCUGAGCCAACACAGACUCAACGAUCGCCGAGCCAGCCACCACCAAGUGCGCACAGCGACAAGCCCGAAGAGAAGGACUCUGGCCCACUCAUCGAUUCUGCGUACCAGCAGCAGCAAGUCCAGGAUGAGGCAAUGACUGCUCUCUCGGAUGAUUUGGAUCCGCUCGGCAUCGGUGAUGUUAAGGAUCACGUACCCCAAAGCGAUAAGGCGCAGCAGCGGCUCGAGAAGCGAAGACAGCAGAUGGAGGCCCUUUUACAGUGA